GCCCAGCCGCUUUGGACUCACUACUACCUCCGUCCGGUGGGAGGAGGGAAACACAGCCUGUGUCGCGCGCUCCCAGCGGUGGCGGAUACGCUUCUCUCCCCAGCUAAAAAGCCACCACAAGGAGCUCCAGGCAGCCACCGCACGCCCCUCUCCAAACACCAUUCCCGACCGCCUUCUGUCUGUUCGCUUGACGGCGCCUGCACUGAAGACACCGCCGGGACUAUGUGAGCACCAUGCGGGCUGUGAGAUGCCUGCUGAUCGCUGCAGUGUUUGCACGGUGCUCCGUGACUGGUCUAAGGGAAGGGUGGCACCCCCCCGUUGAAGAUCUUGUGCAGCCCAAGAGGCUCCUGCAUCAGAUCUACUCCCAGGACGAGCUAAUCCACAGCCACCUUGACACCUGGGUCCAAAACUCCACAGUGGGGGCACAGCGUGUGCAUGUGGCCCACAGCAGCUUCCUGGUGGAGGCUUUUGGUCGCUCUUUUAUCCUCGACCUGGAACUCAACCACCAUCUGCUGUCCACAGACUAUGUGGAGAGACAAUUUGAAGACGAUGGACGCCCCUCACAGAUGAAGGGCGGAGAGCACUGCUACUACCAAGGGCGUGUCCGAGGUCUGCCAGGCUCUUGGGCGGCUCUGUCCACCUGUCACGGCCUGUGGGGAAUGUUCUCAGACGGGAAUGUCUCCUACGGGAUCGAACCUGCAAGCAGUGGCGAGGUGGACCACAUUGUGUACCGCUUGCCUGACAUCCACCUCCUCCCGCCUCCUCGCUCAGCAUGCACCGUGAAUCAUUCCCAGCCUGAAAUGCAGACGGGCGGCGGCGGAGUUGAUGUGGGAGAUGGGAAGAGGCGGUAUGGAGACAACUUGUCUGCACAGGAGAAAACAAAGCUUACCAGCUUGAGACGCUUAAAAAGACAAGUGCGUGGCAGUCAGCGCACCGUGCAGUUAGAGACCAAAUACAUCGAGCUGAUGGUGGUAAACGACCACGAACUGUUUGUCCAGCAGCGUCGGUCCACCUCUCUGACCAAGAACUUUGCCAAAGCGGUGGUGAACAUGGCGGAUGCGAUCUACAAGGAGCAGCUCAACACUCGCAUCGUCCUGGUCGCCAUGGAAACCUGGUCCUCCCAAAACCGCAUCUCCGUGGGCGACGACGCUCUGCUCACGCUGCGUGACUUCAUGAAAUACAGGAAGGCGAACAUCCGGGAGCGCUGCGACGCCGUGCACCUCCUUUCCGGGAGGACCUUCAUGGGCAGACGCAGCGAGGCCGCCUACGUCGGCGGUGUCUGCUCGCUCAGCAGGGGGGGCGGCAUCAACGAGUUUGGCGCCGUUGGCCCGGUGGCCAUCACGCUGUGCCAGAGUCUGGGCCAGAACAUCGGCAUGCUGAGAAACAAGGACAGACCUGCUGCAGGAGACUGCAGGUGUCCAGACCCGUGGUUAGGAUGUAUCAUGGAGGACACCGGCUAUUACCUGCCCAGGAAGUUCUCUCGCUGCAGUGUCGACGAAUACCUUCGCUUUCUGCAACAAGGCGGCGGCAGCUGCCUGUUCAACAAGCCCAGCAAGCUGCUGGACCCGCCCGAGUGUGGUAACGGCUAUGUUGAGCUGGGAGAAGAGUGCGACUGCGGCUCACUCGUGGACUGCGCUCGCAGCGGCGCCAACUGCUGUAAGAAGUGCACGCUUACCCACAAUGCAAUGUGCAGCAACGGACUUUGCUGUCGCGACUGCAAGUACGAGUUGAGGGGGACGACGUGUCGCGAGGCGGUCAACGACUGUGACAUCCCCGAGACCUGCACGGGUGACUCCAGCCAGUGUCCCCACAAUGUCAACAAACUGGAUGGCUACACAUGUGAGGCAGGACAGGGUCGUUGCUAUGGAGGUCGCUGCAAGACCAGAGACGCUCAGUGCAGGAGCCUGUGGGGCUACAAUUCCGCUGACAGGUUCUGCUACGAAAAGCUCAAUGCAGAGGGCACUGAGAAAGGAAACUGCGGCCCCGAGCCCAGUGGUCAGGGAUGGAUGCAUUGUAACAAGCAGGACGUCUUGUGUGGUCUGCUGCUGUGCACCAAUGUGACCGACAAGCCGAGCGUUGGCGAGCUGCAGGGCAAACUCACGGGAAUGACCAUCUUUCACCACAACAGAUACCUGGACUGCAGAGGCGGUCAUGCAGUGCUGGAUGAUGGCCUGGACUUGGGCUACGUGGAGGACGGGACGCCGUGUGGACCCAACAUGAUGUGUCUGGAACGCCGCUGCCUCCCGGUCGCCACCUUCAACCUCAGCAUGUGUCCCGGCUCCUCGUCCUCGCGCAUCUGCUCCCAUCACGGCACGUGCAGCAACGAGGUGAAGUGCAUCUGUGAUGGAGACUACACUGGGAAGGACUGCAGCGUCUUUGACCCCAUUCCUAUUCCCACCCCACCUGAGGGACCUGAGAAACACAAAGGUCCGAGUGGAACCAACAUCAUCAUUGGCUCUGUGGCUGGUGCUAUUCUGCUGGGGGCCAUCGUGCUGGGAGGAACUGGAUGGGGAUUUAAAAACAUUCGGAGAGGAAGGUACGACCCCGCCUCUGCCUCCUGAUAUGUUAAACAGUAGCAGCUCAAUAAUAAUGUUACACAAUCAUGGGGAAAAAAAGUUUAUAUUUGUGUAAACUUACUCUUCUUCUCCUGAAUGGCUGCACAUUAAAAGGUGAACAUUUGUCACAACAUGCUCCUUAAAA